CUUCCAUUUCUGAACUGAAGGGACGCCGCUGCUAGAGUCCUCGCCUCUUCUUAUAUACACAUUCAAGUAAAUAAACUAGGCUUUCUGUCGUAAAUUAGCACCAUUGUUUAAAGGUAGCGAGUGAAACAGUCGUCCCUGUCCUUCGUGGUAUGCCGUCUGAGUAGUGGCUAGAUCUUAAGCUAGCGUUUUAUUCCCCAUUUUAACUUUAGUAAGCGGCGUUUUCCGCCGUUUUUUUUCUUUCCGCCGCCCCGCUCACUCUACCCCCUUGUGUGUGAGUAGGGGCCUGCAACGUUGGUUUGGCCACGAGGCGCGUCGGUACAGUUGGAUCAGAGCGAUGGCGGAGUUCGGUAAUGGACUGACGGAGGAAUCCUUACUAGAUUCAGACCCCGGACAUCCCGAGCUGGAAGACCCGGGAGUCGCUGACGAAGAACCGGGGUUAGAAGAAGGAGAGGCCGCAAUUGAAGACCCGGAGCUGGAGGCAAUCAAAGCCAGAGUGAGAGAGAUGGAGGAAGAGGCAGAGAAGCUGAAGGAGCUACAGAACGAGGUGGAGAAACAGAUGAAUCUCAGCCCCCCACCAGUUGGCCCCGUCAUCAUGUCCAUUGAGGAAAAGAUGGAAGCAGAUGGCAGAUCUAUUUAUGUUGGAAAUGUGGACUACGGUGCCACGGCAGAAGAGCUCGAGGCUCACUUUCAUGGCUGCGGUUCAGUAAACAGAGUCACCAUCCUAUGUGACAAAUACACAGGGCAUCCCAAGGGGUUUGCCUAUAUUGAGUUUGCAGACAAAGAGUCUGUUAGGACGGCCAUGGCUUUGGACGAGUCCCUCUUCAGAGGAAGGCAGAUAAAGGUUGGCGCUAAGAGAACAAACAGACCGGGCAUCAGCACCACAGACCGCGGCUUUCCACGGGCUCGGUUCCGAUCACGGGGAGGAAACUUUUCGUCGCGUGCACGCUACUACAGUGGCUACACACCCCCCAGAGGCAGAGGACGGGCCUUCAGGUUUCAGGACCAGUGGAGGCUGACAACCCCUCCCCAGGUGGCGCCGGCCCCCCCCACUGUCUCCGCAGCAUCUCUCUCUCUCUCUGCUCCCGCUAUGCACACUCACCCCAUCCUGUCGGUGUGGGGGGGCGGGGGAGGGGGGCAGGGCGACCACAGGCCCGCCGCGGGGGGCAUUUACUACAACAGCAAACGCUGAUGACGCUUUUAUUCCUUUUCACACUGCAAAUCAUACAAACACACACACACACAUCAUCGAGAAACACACAUGUUCAACACGCACACACACACACACACACACACACACACACACACAGCACACUGCAGUACAGAUGGCACUUCACAGGCAGCCAACCCAACACACACAUGAUUUAUAUACAGAGAGCUGAAGCCAACUUAGCGGAGUGGCAGGCAGGCAAGUUUGUGUGAGAGCGAGGAAGGCAGGGCCAGAGACGAGGGUGUUUUUUUGGGGGGGGGUGUACAGUGCCGACCUCGAGGUGCCCCCCCCCCCCCCCCCCUUUCUCUGACGACGCGCAGUGCAGUCACGGCUGGUCUGAGGAAGGUUGACGAGCUAACCACCGCAUUGAUCAUUAAUUAAAUGAAAGGAGUGGGCCGGAGCUGUCAUUUUAGGCCAGGGCAAAGUCAGGGGUGGGUUUUGUGUGAAGACUUUUUUUUUUUCCUUCUUUUUUUCUUUUCUUUUUUUUUGGUUCUUUUUGAAAAGGGGGAGUGGGUUUGAACAAAUGUUUUGCUUUUUUUAAUUUUAUUUUUAACCCAUGAGUCUGUAAUUAGGAAAAAAAAAAUAAAGACAUUGUGUAAAAAUGA